UCUACUAUUUGAUCUCACGAGAUUCGUGCGGGGUCAUGGCUUCCUAUUUUGCAAGAUCAGCUGCGUCCCUGACGUGGAAAUCAAGCGUCUUCAUCUUAAAAGCGUAUCAGAGAAAAUAGUCUCAUGAAUCAUGGGGGGCUAUGCAUCCUUUCUGGUUAUAUAAAGGAGAUCCCUUAACAGAGUUACUGUCUACCCGAAAACGCGCUCCUCUCGAAGCCAAGGAAAGCAACUGCAUCUGCUUUUCCGGCUGGUAUUAUAUCAACAAGUAUAACACUUGUCCCGUGUGCGGCACCAGCCGUUGUUUAGAUUGUCCCCGUCGUCGCUACCAAAACCAGUCAGGUUUGAAAAUGGCUCGCUGUAGUACGUGCAAAGGCUCUGGUGAUGCGACAGUUACGUGCUCUACCUGUAGUGGGAGCAAACAGAUCACCGAUGUCGACCCCAACGGCAACGGAACAUUCAUCUUCCCCGGUACAAACAUGGUGGCUCGAGGAACACUCAUUGUGAAAACCUGUUACUACUGUAAAGGGGUAGGCACUGUGCGUGGUAAUUGCAGCACAUGCAAGGGUAGUGGAAAGGUCUAGAUGGACUUUCCGGCCACAUUGGGAGUGUUUAUGAGGCGUGUGAUGUUGCGCAAGGAGCAGGCUAUUGAAGGCGAACGGUAACUCUUAUGACCCGAAUAGGGUAGUCCCGCGGAACUGAAACUUGCUCAUGCCGGGCGUAACUCGGCGAUGUACCCAACGUUUACCAUCAAAUGUGCCAGCU